CAAUUCAGGAAGUCGUCGAUUAUUAUUCAGGCUCCGGUUAUUGCACUGCAGAUCUUGGUUCGUGCAGUCCUAAGAUUACACAACUCACAUUUUAUCGCCACACGCAACGUCGUCUUUUGCAAGGGAAAAUAUCAUUUAUUUCGCCAUGAAUCCUGACAUAACCAGAGAGCGUGAGAACGCUACAUUUGACGUGGAGAAACUCACACAUAUUCUGGACGGAGGCAUCGAGAAGACGAAAAGAAGAAGAGAAAUUGAGUCACUGGUGAUCAGUGACCCAGACUUCCAAAGUGAGGACCUCAACUUCCUGUCCAGGAGCGAGCGAUACGAUGCCGCCGUGAAGAAGAGUGCCCAGAUGAUCCUGAAGCUCAGAGAGUAUGGGAUCUCAGACCCUGAGGAAAUCUACUGCUACAAGAGCUGUGUGCACCGUGGGCGGGCGGAGCCCCUGGACCUCCACCUGGGAAUGUUCCUGCCCACCCUGCUGAACCAGGCCAGUCCUGAGCAGAUGGAGACAUUCUUCAUACCCGCCUGGAACCUGGAGAUCAUCGGCACCUACGCACAGACAGAGAUGGGCCACGGCACCCACCUCAGGGGGCUUGAAACUAUGGCAACGUAUGACCCGGCCACCCAGGAGUUUGUCAUGAACAGCCCGACCAUCACCUCCAUCAAGUGGUGGCCUGGGGGAUUGGGUAAGACGUCUAACCACGCCAUAGUUCUGGCCCAGCUCCACACCCAGGGGAAGUGUCACGGCCUGCAGGCCUUCAUCGUACCUCUCCGCAGUAUGAACACACACAUGCCACUGCCAGGUGUGGUGGUAGGGGACAUAGGACCCAAGUUUGGCUUUGAUGAGGUUGACAAUGGUUACCUGAAAUUGGAGAACGUACGAAUUCCUCGCGACCACAUGCUGAUGAAAUAUGCAAAGGUGGAGGCAGAUGGUACGUACGUGAAGCCUCCAAGUGCCAAGCUGACCUAUGGCACCAUGGUGUUCAUCAGGUCCAUGAUCGUAGGGGAAGCGGGCCACGCCCUCGCCAAGUCCUGCACCAUCGCCAUCCGCUACAGUUCCGUACGGCACCAGUCUGAGAUACGCCCAGGAGAGCCGGAACCCCAGAUUAUGGACUACCAGACCCAACAGUACAAGCUGUUCCCCCUGCUGGCUACAGCCUAUGCCUACAAGUUUGUUGGUCAGUACAUGAACCAGGUCUACCACCGCAUCACUGGAGACAUCAGCCAGGGAGACUUCAGUGAACUACCAGAGCUCCAUGCCCUGUCCGCGGGCCUGAAGGCCUUCACCACGUGGACGGCCAGCGCGGGCAUCGAGGUGUGUCGCAUGGCGUGUGGCGGGCACGGCUACUCCCGCUGCAGCGCCCUCCCAGACAUCUAUGUUAACUUCGUGCCCACGUGCACCUACGAGGGAGAGAACACCGUCAUGAUGCUGCAGACCGCUAGGUUCUUGAUAAAGAGCUACCGGCAGGCGUCGGCAGGCCACCAGCUGAGUGGCAUCGUGUCCUACCUGAACGAGUCAGAGCGUAGGCUGCAGCCCCAGUCGGUGUCCUCCCGACCCACUGUAGUCAACGUCAAUGACCUGGCCAGCCUUGUGGAGGCUUACAAACUACGAGCUGCCAAGCUGGUUGAGAUGGCAGCUAAGAGUAUUCAGCAGGAGCUACAGAAGCGAGUCAGUCAGGAGGAUGCCUGGAACAACAGCGCUAUAGACCUGGUCAGAGCCUCUGAUGCCCACUGUCACUAUGUGGUGGUGAAGCUGUUUGCAGCUAAGCUGGGGGAGAUAGGGGACACUGGGGUUCACUCUGUCCUCAGCACCCUGGCCCUGCUCUAUGCCCUCCAGGGCAUCCAACAGCACAGCGGAGACUUCCUCCAGACUGGUCUCCUGAGUGUGCCCCAGCUCUCCCAGGUGUCCCAGCGUCUGAAGGACCUUCUGGCCCAGCUGAGGCCCAAUGCCGUGGCCCUGGUUGACGCCUUCGACUACCGCGACGAAAUGCUCAACUCCGUCCUGGGACGCUACGACGGCAACGUCUAUGAGCACAUGUUCGAGUGGGCCCGCCGCUCGCCUCUCAACAAGACAGAGGUCCACGAGUCCUACCACAAGUACCUGAAACCCCUGCAGGCCAAGCUGUAAGAUGACCUCUGAGCCUUCUCAACUGACCACUCCACUACAGGGGACGGGAAGCACACUAACAACACUAAUCCAGCAGUGGGACCCCAACAUGGCCGCCGCUGCCCGUCCACCAAUUGGAAGGGGCUCAUUCCACCCGUCCCUUCUGUGUUUAACCAACCACAGGUGGUGGAACAUUUUUAAAGGGGAACCAUUGGAGACCAGCCGCCUUACUCCACCUCUACUGAUGUGCUGCUAAUGAAUCAAUCAUUCUACUGGACUUAUUCAACUAGUACUUAGUUUAUGUGUUUAAAUAUACCCCAUGCCUUGUUAAUGGGUGUAAUCGAAGGUCCGAGAACCAUAAGAUGGAGAGGAAGAAAAACUGUCGUUAGAAUACGAGGUGGCCUAAAGAUGAAGGGGUUUUGAUGACUGAUCCUUGUGAUCUAAUCAAGCUCUUUGGAUCAUGUACAUUGCAAAUCACUCGAUUUGUUGAGAUAUGUUGAAUCCCAUUUUUAAAAAAUUUAAAAAUCUGUAUAAUUUCUCACCACAGUAUUUGAUGGUAAUGUACUGAGGAUGGUUGUCUUUAGUAGUGGGUGACGGGUCAGUUGUGGUUUGCCAUGAACCAAAGGUGUGCGUGUCUCUGUCUAGGUGUGAGAGAGUUUGUGGUUGUGGGGUAACGAAUAUGAUUAGUGAAUAACGAGUUGAUGAGUAAGCUAUUCUAGUGAUUUGAGAAAGGGGGCCUUUCAAUUCUUGCACUGUCCUCCCCCCCCUCCAUCUGUUUCAAUCUGUUUUAUUUUGUUUGGUGCCUAUUGAAUAGAACCCUGAUGUGGCAUUCGGAACAAGUACAUUCUUCAACACAAUGAAAUAAGUAUUUUCAUACUCUGAUUACUAGCUGUUGAUUGUACUGCUGUUGACAUUUACAGUAUGUUGCAGAUUGAUACAUGAUUGAUACAUUUUCAAAUGGAACGAAGCAGUAACUACUGUUUGUGGGAGGAUUAUGUGCCAGAGGAAUUUGGCUUACUUUAAUGAAGCUAACAUGGGAGUAUUAUCACACAUGGUCCAUGCAUGUAUUCUUGAUUGAAAAAUAUGCUUUAUCAAUUUAUUUUGUGAUUUCCAUUGCAAUAUAAAGAUGUAUGAUAAUUAUUUCAAUGUACCUACUGAAUUUUUUUGUUUAACAAAUAUUUGUGAUAGUAUAAGAAAUCUAUUCAGUCUGAAUAUGUUUUAAACUUGAUUAUGUUUAUUGAAUUGAAAGUGAAUAAUUUGUCAUGCUUAAUGAUCUUAGUAAUAAACUGGAAAAAACUA